AUGACCAGCAAGACGGCUGCGGCCUCACGCAUCGCAAAGGCCGUGGCAGCGUCGGCGUCGGCGUCGGCAUCGGCGUCGAGCGCAGCCGGCAAGCCGGGCCUCGAGAUCCUCUACUCGACCCAUCCCUCGUGGCCAUACCCUCCCAGCUCGAGCGCAUCUUCGGCAGCGCAGUCGCCAUCUUCAUUGCCGUCCCCAUCUCCACAGCUGGGCAACCUCGACAUCGCCGUGCUCGACUCGUCGUUCAACCCUCCAUCCAAGGCCCACCUCGCCCUCACCCUCUCGCGGCCGCUGCUGGCCCAGUCGUCGUCGGCGGGCAGCAAGCGGCACUACGACGCCCACCUGCUCCUCUUUUCGACCAACAACGCCGACAAGGGCAAGGGCAAGAGGGGCGACGCGUCGCUCGAGCAGCGCGUGCACAUGAUGACGCUGCUCGCCCAGCAGAUCGAACACGAGCUCGAGCUCGAGCAGCAGCGGCAGCAGCAGCAGGAUGCGCGGCCCAACGUCGCCGUCGCGCUCGUCGACAAGCCCCUCAUCUUUGACAAGUCGACGCUCACCUGGGAUGCGCUCCGGCAGAGGGCGGGCGAGGCGGAUCGCAGGGCGUCGCGGCCGAGACUGCACUGGGUCGUCGGCUUCGACACCCUGUACCGCGUGUUUCAGCCAAAGUACUACCCCUCCGAGGCCGAAAUGGAGCGCCAGUGCGGCGUCUUUUUCGACGAGGAGCGGACCACAUUCGUCUGUGCGAGGCGCGAUGCGGCGUCGUUCCCAUCGCUCUCGUCGGCCGACGAGGCGGCCGACGACGAGGCCAAGCUGCUCGGGUCGCCGCGGGUCAAGAAGUGGGUCGACGCCGGCAGCGUAGCGCUGCUCGAUCUGGAGCCGGCCGAGACGCGGCUGAGCUCUACGCGGAUCCGCGAGGUGCUGCGGGAUGCCGGAAUGGACGAGAGCGGCAAGCGGAGGGAGCUCGAGGACAUGGUGCCGUCGCUUCUGGUCGAGUACCUGCUGACGAGUGGCGUCUACGUGGAUCCGGAGGCCGCCAGCGCCAGCGCCAGCGCCAGCGGGUCCAGGGUCACUUCUAGGAACUCGCUCGACAUGUCCAGCCCGCUCGCAUCGCCCUACCGCACCCACCACCCCACCUCGUGGAAUCACGCCGCCCCCGGCCCAGCAAUGUGGCACCUACCCCCCGCGCCGCCCACGCCCGACGUCUCGAUGUCGUCGUCGUCGUCAUCGUCGUUGCGCCCGAUGACAGCGGCGAACAACGCCGUCGCUGGUCCCUCGUCGUCCGCGGCGCAGGACCGCUACCUGCCACUACAGACCUUUUCCUCGCCCAACAGCACACCGCUGCCGGCACAUACCCACGCCCUGCUCGAGUCCAAGCGCCAGUCGCUCUUUACCGGGUCUUCCAACCGCACCGCCGCCUCGACACAUGCGCCCUCGCGCUCCCGCUAUGCCGUCGCCGACUCCGGGCGGCUGUCGGGUAACCGCGCACGGCCACACCAUCGCUCGAGCGACCCGGCCUCGCUCUCCUCUCCAGACCGGUCCUUGGCGGCGGGUGCGGCUGCGGGUGCCGUCGCCCUCGAUCAGGACUCGCCUACCAGGCAGGUGUGGCGCGCCAAGUUCCGCCAGCGCUGCCAGCAGCAGAUGGCGCGCGACCGCGCACGCACCCUCGCCCAUACCCGCGGCGCAUCCUUCCUGCGGCACAUGGGCGCAGAGCCAGACGACGAGCUGGUCCUCACGCCAGGCCAUGCCGACCCGAGCUCGCGAUUCAGACGGGCCGACAUGAUUGGCAGCGACGACCUGCCGAGCAGCAGCGACGUCGAUGCCGACAUGGACGAGGGCGGUCCCGCUGCCGGCGGGUCGAGGUGGUGGGAAGAUGACGAGGAGCUCAUCCGGCGCGUCAUGGUCGCAGAGUAUCGCCGCAUCAAGCGGGCGCAGGAAGCCAGCGGCGAGAGGGAGGUCGGGUGGCUCGAUCCCGACGAGGUGGCCUACCUCGAAGAGGAGACGAGGAGGGAGGAGUCCGACCUGCAGACCGCCUCGACCUACGCCGGAGCGCAGCGGCGUCCUUUGCCGGCCGACGCAACGCCCACCAAGAACAUCGGGCCCACGUGGACCCCCGGCGUCGGCAUGACCAUGGCGAGGCGCGGUGACGGCGCUGCCGGUGCGGACGUCACGCCAAGAGCCGAGGCGGCGGAGCUGGAGCCGCCCGAGGACCUGCUCGACGACGACGAGGCGCUGUACAACCACUAUCUGCACCACCACACGCCUCAGCUGUCGACCACGGGCGGCGCGGGCGGCGACGAGGCGAUGGACCAGGGCGACAACGACGACGACGACGGAGAGGCGAGCCAGCCCAUGUCGCAGAGCUGGGAGGGCGAUCAGGACUUUGAGAUGGCGCUGGCGUCGAUGCCGAUGCCUCACGACUGA